CUCAACCACAUGGUGACCUCCGACAGAGUGAAGAGGAGCGAGGAUGCCUCAGCUGGAAACAUUUCACCGUCGCCAACUUUGAGGAGAUACUCUAAUGGGCCAUAAGCGAAGCAAGAAGGCAGCAGUGCAGCGAUGUUUACAAAAAAAAAUCCUCCAGAGGAGGAGCGAAAGGUCAGGGCCAACGACCGAGAGUACAAUGAAAAGUUCCAGUAUGCGAGUAACUGCAUCACCACAUCCAAGUACAACGUCCUCACGUUCCUCCCCAUCAACCUGUUUGAGCAGUUUCAGGAAGUGGCCAACACCUACUUCCUCUUCCUGCUCAUACUGCAGUUGAUCCCUCAGAUCUCCUCCCUGUCGUGGUUCACCACCAUCGUGCCAUUAGCGCUGGUGCUGAGCAUCACCGCCGUGAAGGACGCGACGGACGACUACUUUCGCCACAGGAGUGACAACCAAGUGAACAACCGUCAGUCUCAAGUGCUCAUCCGUGGAUCGCUUCAGAAUGAAAAAUGGAUGAACGUCCGAGUGGGGGACAUCAUCAAAUUGGAGAACAAUCAGUUUGUGGCUGCUGACUUGCUGCUGUUGUCCAGCAGCGAACCUCACGGUCUCUGCUACGUCGAGACGGCCGAACUGGACGGCGAGACCAACAUGAAGGUGCGCCAGUCUGUCUCGGUGACGUCAGAACUCGGGGACCCCAACAACUUGGCUCAGUUUAACGGCGAAGUGAUAUGCGAGCCCCCCAACAACAAGCUGGAUCGUUUUCGCGGGACUUUGUACUGGAGGGACAAGAAAUACGCUUUGACCAAUCAGAACAUGCUCCUACGAGGGUGUGUCCUCCGCAACACCGAGGCCUGCUACGGCUUGGUCAUCUUUGCAGGCCCAGACACCAAGUUGAUGCAGAACAGCGGCCGCACUAAGUUCAAGCGUACCAGUAUCGACCGUCUGAUGAACACUUUGGUCCUCUGGAUUUUUGCUUUCCUAGUGUGUAUGGGUGUCAUUUUGGCGGUGGGCAACGCCGUGUGGGAGCGAGAGGUGGGAACGUUGUUUCAGAGUUACCUACCUUGGGAUCCUCCGGUGGAUGGUUUUCUCUUUUCCGCUGUCCUCGCCUUCUGGUCUUAUGUUAUCAUCCUCAACACGGUGGUGCCCAUCUCGCUGUAUGUCAGUGUGGAGGUGAUCAGACUGGGCCACAGCUACUUCAUCAACUGGGACCAGCAAAUGUUCUGCUCACAGUGCAACACACCAGCCGAGGCACGGACCACCACGCUGAGCGAGGAGCUGGGCCAGAUUGAGUACAUCUUCAGUGACAAGACUGGAACACUCACGCAGAACAUCAUGAGCUUCAAAAAGUGCUCCAUUAAUGGACACAGUUAUGGGGAGGUAGCAGAUCCAUUGGGGCCCCAGCCAAAGAAACUGGAUUUCACUCCUUUCAAUCCCCUGGCUGACCCAAACUUCUGUUUCUAUGAUGACACUCUGCUGGAGUGUGUGAAAGUGGGAGAUUCCCACGCUCAAGAGUUCUUCCGCCUGCUCUCCCUCUGCCACACCGUUAUGAGUGAGGAGAAAAGCGAGGGAGAGCUGGUGUAUAAAGCUCAGUCUCCAGAUGAGAGGGCUCUAGUAACAGCCGCGAGGAAUUUUGGAUUUGUGUUCCGCUCACGAACGCCUGGGACCAUCACCACCACCGAGAUGGGGCGAACCGUCACCUAUACGCUGCUCGCCAUCCUGGACUUUAACAAUACUCGCAAGAGGAUGUCUGUCAUUGGUGGGAUGGAUGGAUGGAUGGAUGGAUGGAUGGAUGGAUGGAUGGAUGGAUGGAUGGAUGGAUGGAUGGAUGGAUGGAUGGAUGGAUGGAUGGAUGGAUGGAUGGAUGGAUGGAUGGAUGGAUGGAUGGAUGGAUGGAUGGAUGGAUGGAUGGAUGGAUGGAUGGAUGGAUGGAUGGAGCUCUCACUGUUUUUGCUCUGUUGUCUGUCAGUCCGUAACCCCGAGGGCAGGAUCCGUUUGUACUGCAAAGGAGCUGACACUGUGUUGUUGGAGAGGCUCCGCCCCUGUAAGCAAGACCUGAUCAAUAUGACCUCAGACCACCUCAAUGAGUACGCUACUGAUGGUCUACGGACACUGGCUCUGGCCUACAGGGAUCUGUCAGAGGAACAAUGGGAGAUGUGGUCAGAGAGCCACCAGUGUGCUGAGAAAGAAGAAGAUUUGCUAUCAGCUGCUUAUGAACAGAUAGAACAGGACAUGACGUUGCUGGGUGCUACAGCUAUAGAGGACAAACUGCAAGAAGGUGUCCCGGAGACCAUCGCUCUGCUCUCCCUGGCCAACAUCAAGAUGUGGGUCCUAACAGGGGACAAGCAAGAGACAGCUGUCAACAUUGGCUACUCGUGUAAGAUGCUGACAGAUGAUAUGGAUGACGUUUUUAUCAUCAGUGGACAAAGCGUCCAGAGAGUGAAACAGGAACUCAGGAGAGCGAGGGAACAGAUGAUUACGCAAUCGCAAACAAAAGAUGCUGAUAAAAAGGAGGUUGCCGAGGGAUGUGGAGAAGCCUACGUCACGAGAUUUAGAAGAACACAAAAACAAACGCAAUUUCCUCCUUCCUCCAAACUCACGGACAACAUCUCGGGAGAUUUUGCUCUCGUCAUCAACGGCCACAGCCUGGCCCACGCUCUAGAAACCGACGUGGAGGAGGAGUUUAUCACGACGGCGUGCGCAUGCAAAGCGGUCAUUUGCUGCCGUGUUACGCCGCUACAAAAAGCUCAAGUGGUGGAGCUGGUGAAGAAAUACAAAAGGGCUGUCACCUUAGCCAUAGGGGACGGCGCCAAUGACGUGAGCAUGAUCAAGAGUGCCCAUAUCGGCGUCGGUAUCUCCGGUCAGGAAGGCAUCCAGGCCGUACUGGCUAGCGACUACUCCUUCUCCCAGUUCCGCUUCUUACAGCGUCUUCUGCUGGUACACGGACGAUGGUCCUACCUCCGCAUGUGCCGCUUCCUCUGCUAUUUCUUCUACAAGAACUUUGCCUUCACCAUGGUGCAUUUUUGGUUCGGAUUCUUCUGCGGCUUCUCUGCUCAGACGGUUUAUGAUCAGUUCUUCAUCACGCUCUACAACAUCGUCUACACGUCUCUACCUGUCCUCGCGAUGGGCAUCUUUGACCAGGAUGUGUCUGAUCAAAGGAGUCUGGAGUAUCCAAAGCUUUAUGAGCCUGGCCAACUCAACCUACUCUUCAAUAAGAGAGAGUUCUUCAUCUGCAUCACUCAGGGUUUCUACACAUCAGUGGUUCUGUUUUUUGUCCCCUAUGCCAUCCUAGCCGACGCUUCUCAGAGUAGCGGAGAACCUCUUGCAGACUACCAGACCUUUGCUGUCACCACGGCAACAGCCUUGGUCAUUGUGGUGAGUGUACAGAUCUCACUGGACACGGGCUUCUGGACCGUUUUCAACCUUGUGUUUGUGUGGGGCUCGUUGGGUUGCUACUUCACCAUCAUGUUUGCUGUGCACAGUCAGAUACUCUUUAGGAGCUUCUCCAAUCACUUCCAUUUUGUAGGCAGUGCUCAGAGUACACUAUUGCAGCCGGUCGUGUGGUUGACUAUUGCAUUGGCAACGGCAAUCUGUAUAGUUCCAGUUUUGGCAUUCCGCUUCCUCAAGUUGGACCUCAAACCUCAGCUCUCAGACACGGUCCGAUACACUCAGCUGGUCCAUCAAAAAAAGCGUAGACCAGCAGGUGGUAGCGUGGCAUCCACCUGGCGCACCUCCGAGGGCCGCCUGGGCGCAAGAGGCGGUUCCCGAAGGUCCGGUUACGCCUUCGCUCACCAAGAAGGAUUCGGAGAGCUGAUCACUUCCGGGAAAAACAUGCGUCUGUCAUCUCUGGCUUUGGCCAGCUUCGCCUCCAGACACAGCUCCAGUUGGAUCGACACCCUGCUUAGGAAGAAGCACGCUCACACGCCCCCCAAUCGGUCCGGGGAGUGCACUCCGGCGCUCUCGCACUCUUCUUCGGUUCUGGGGUCCUCGCAGGAGGCACCCAUCGAGGAAGAGACGAUCCGGGACUCUGAGAUGAUUCCCAUGACAUCCCUUGAAGCCUCGGAGGAUCUUCGGGAAAUCGCCAACGGCAUCGAUUCAUCCUCUGUUGAAAACCACCCAACUAAAGAGAACAAAAAGAUAUAUGAAAAUUUCGAGAGCGGACCGCUGGGAAUAGAGUGAUACCAUUUUAAAUAUGGCAAUGCUUCUUACAAUGUUUAUGCCAGCUGUGACCAUGAAAAACAACAGCAUCAUAUUUCAAGAGAGCAUUCAAUUAUUAAGAGAAUAAAAAUGCAUCUUAUUAGUUCUCAGUGAGAACAAAAAUAAGUUACCAUCAUGUCUUUUUGUUGGCUGCAUCAUAUUGAUGCGUUUAAAGCAGCGUGAUGUAAAUCGGCUUGUAAUGGAAAGUCAAGUAGAAAGUCAAACACACUAAUGGAUGUUGGAGCUCAUUUUUGUGUGCCUCUAAAUACACUCUGAAAUGUAUUUUAAAUGUUUCGUCAUUUAUUGUUAAUUAAAUGUAAUCAGGUAUUAUCAUGCCACAA